AUGGCGAUUACACUCGACCGCCCCUUUGGCGUCCAUCUCUGGCCACACUUCAGCAAGGGCUUCACGGCGCUUACUGGCAAGUCGACGUCCGAUUUCGAGCUCGUCCCUGGAGUGACUCCUAUGACUACACUACAGGGCACUGCAGCGUCGCUUCUGAGCUACUAUAUCGUGGUCCUUGGAGGGCGACAGCUCAUGAAGAACAGGGCUGCCUUUAAACUGCAGACCGCAUUCAUCAUCCACAACUUCAUCCUGACCGCAAUCAGCGGCGUGCUCCUCGCCCUCUUCGUCGAGCAAAUCCUCCCAACACUCUUCCAGGAUGGAGUCCUUGUCGCGAUUUGUGAUGCGCGAGGCGGCUGGACCGACGAGCUCGUUUUGCUAUACUACGUACGUCCUCCAUCACCAACCACACGAGCUACACUAACAAGGCAGCUCAACUACCUAACAAAAUACCUGGAACUAGCAGACACAGUCUUCCUAGUCCUCAAGAAGAAACCGCUGACCUUCCUGCACACAUACCACCACGGCGCAACCGCCCUGCUCUGCUACGUGGAGCUAGUCGGCCGCACCUCCGUCAGCUGGGUGCCCAUCACACUCAACCUGACCGUCCACGUCGUGAUGUACUGGUACUACUUCCAGAGCGCGCGCGGGAUCCGCAUCUGGUGGAAGCGCUACAUUACGAUUCUCCAGAUCGCGCAGUUCGUGAUCGACAUCGGAUUCAUCUACUUCGCGUCGUACACGUACUUCGCAUCGACGUACUUUCCCUGGGCGCCGAAUGCAGGAAACUGCAUGGGCGAGGAGUACGCGGCUGGAUUCGGGGUGUUCAUUAUCAGCUCGUAUCUGCUGCUGUUUAUCUCCUUCUACCUGACGACGUAUAAGACGCAGGCGCCGAGGCUGUAUAGCCAGGCCUCGAGGGCGCUGGGGAAGAAGGACAAGGAGAAGGGCCUGUGA